AUGCCUGCAGAUCUACAGGCCAAGAUAUUCGACCCUACGUCGGACGGGCGGCGAAAGGUCAUUGUGGCUACAAAUAUUGCAGAGACUUCAUUGACUGUUGAUGGUAUCCUCUAUGUCGUCGACGCUGGUUUCUCCAAGCUCAAAGUCUACAAUCCUAAGGUCGGCAUGGAUGCUCUACAGAUCACACCUAUUUCCCAAGCGAACGCGAACCAGCGUACUGGGCGUGCAGGACGUACGGGAAGCGGGUUUUGCUACAGGCUGUACACGGAGAUGGCUUAUAGGAAUGAGCUGUUCGAAAACACGAUCCCGGAAAUUCAAAGAACGAACUUGGCGAAUACAGUAUUGCUGUUGAAAAGUCUUGGAGUCAAGAAUCUUUUGGAGUUCGAUUUCAUGGAUCCACCUCCUCAGGCCAACAUUCUCAACUCCAUGUACCAGCUCUGGGUACUUGGUGCCCUCGACAACGUCGGCGACCUCACGCCUAUUGGUCGCAAGAUGUCGGAAUUUCCGAUGGAACCGUCCAUGGCAAAGAUGCUCAUCACCUCCGUCGAGUACAAGUGCUCGUCUGAGAUGUUGACCAUCGUGUCGAUGCUUUCCGUCCCGAGUGUGUUCUAUAGGCCGAAGGAAAGGAUGGAAGAAGCGGACGCGGCAAGGGAGAAGUUCAAUGUCCCUGAAAGUGAUCAUCUGACGCUGCUGAACGUGUUCAAUCAGUGGAAGAGUCAUGGUUACCGUGAUGAUUGGUCCAUGAAACACUUCCUACACCCCAAGCUCCUCAGGAAAGCUCGUGAAGUCCGUGUUCAACUUGAGGAUAUCAUGAAGUUCCAGAAGAUGGACAUCGUCUCCGCUGGUACCGACUUUGAUAUGAUCCGCAAAGCCAUCACCGCGGGAUACUUCCACCAGGCCGCUCGUGUCAAGGGUAUCGGCGAGUUCGUGAAUAUACGCUCCGGUCUACCAACACAUUUGCACCCAACCAGUGCAUUGUAUGGGCUCGGAUACACCCCGUCAUAUGUCAUCUACCACGAGCUGAUCCUGACCUCGAAGGAGUACAUGACCCAGGUCACAGCCGUUGACCCCUAUUGGCUUGCCGAGCUCGGUUCUGUGUUCUAUUCCGUCCGUGAGAAGAACUUCGAUGAGCGAGGAAACCGCCGUCAAGCAGACAGAGAAUUCUCCAGGCGUGCAGAACUCGAGACGGAGAUGGCCAAACAGCGUGAAGCAACUGCGCGGCAGGCGAAGGAGGAAGCAGAGACGGUCAAGAUUGCAAGUAGUUCAGCUUCGAAGAUUGUCGUUCCCGGAACUCCAAGACAUACGGGCAUCGGGGCAGGAGCCAGAGUCACGCAGACACCGAGGAGAAGAGUGGGUAUUUAG